CUAAAUGAUACACUUCUUGUCUUCUGUCUUGCUUCUGUAAAGAGAAAGCUAAAAUCUUUCCAUUUUUUUCUCUUACAAUAUUUAUGCAGUGUAACAAGUAACAUGGCUCUUCGUGUUGUUGGGUUCUUCAUUUUGGUCUGCAUCUCUAUCUUCAGCAGAUCUCUGACUGAUGCAAGUUUGGAAAGGGAGAAAACACUAGCUAUGGUAAAGCCAGAUGGAGUGCUCGGUAACUACACUGAUGAGAUCAAAAGGGUAAUUCUGGAAUCUGGUUUCAAUAUCUUCAAGGAAAAGAUUAGUCUACUAGACGAGGAGCAAACGGCAACUUUUUAUGCAGAGCACUCUUCAAAGAGCUUCUUUUCUAGUCUCAUCAAAUACAUGACAAGUGGUCCAGUGUUAGUUAUGGUCUUGGAAAAGGAAAAUGCUGUUGCUGAUUGGCGUGCCUUAAUUGGACCAACUGAUGCACGUAAGGCUAAAAAUACUCAUCCCCACAGCAUCAGAGCAAUGUGUGGGCUGGAUUCAGAAAAGAACUGUGUUCAUGGUUCAGACUCUCUUCAAUCAGCCCAAAGAGAGAUUUCAUUUUUCUUUAAUGAGAUGUCUUCAGAUGAGGUAGUUACAACCCAUGACGAACUCUAACUUGUGAAUGCCCAAAGAAGAGCUACAUGAUCGCUACAAGUUUCUUUUCGGCCAUUUUUUAGACUGCAAGAUUUCUGAAUGCUGUGUCUGCAAAUACCCCAAUUAGUGUAUGGUACUUAAAGGGGACGAUAAAAGUUUCAACACUUCACCAUCAAAAACAGAGCUGCAUCUGAAUGAUCGUUGAACAAAUUAGGAGACAUACUGCAUGCUUUUAUGUGCAAAUUUUGUUUAUUUGUCGACUGAAUAGAAGUGCACAUGAACUUUAACUCAUACGGAUGUUUUAUAUGUUCCAUCUGGGGAUGGUAUUUGAGACCUGGAUGUAGGUACUGGCAAAGUUAUAAUGCUGAUUAGUAAGUAGUUCAUGCUGGGACACUUUCAGGUUGUCAGAGAGGUCAAGGGUGACCAAAUGACCGAUGUUCACAUGCCAUAUUAUAGAUACUUCUAUCAUUUUGGUGAUUGAAACUUGGUGCCGGAGGUAUAUGUUAUCUUAUGGUGAAACCAGAUUUCAGAUCAUAACAAAGGGACUGCAUCCCUGUACCUGUACUGGUCAAUAUAAAUAGUUGGUGACAUUGAUAUUCUCAUCACAUAUCACAUUUUUCUGGAUGAAGAUGGGAGGAAGAUAGAAGUCUCUUCAUCUUCGUUCAGUCGUUCCUUGAA